UAAAAUGCACCACGAGAAACCUGCUUCAGUCAUAGGUUGUGGGGCAGGCAGCGCGCUCUCCCGUCCGUUCCCAUGAUUUGCUCUCUCCGCAGGUCCGUCUCGAAUAAGAGCAUGAUGCGGGCUCCUCGGCUUCUGUCCAGCGCUUUCGUCUUGCACCUAAUCCUUUUCGUUCAUUCUCUGCCAGUACCCGAGGGAAAACCCUCCGCCAGACAAAAAGCUUCGGCGGGCUGGCUGCAGAAGUCUCAUCUCUACUCCCUAAAGAAGAGAGGGAGAUCCAGCCACCCACAGGACACCCUGAAAGAUGUGUCCCAGACCAAAGAGGCCCAUGUGGGGGUGGACCCACCUGAGAACAGCACGGAUUUCUGGAACCGUCCGCGCUGCGGUGUCCCAGACUACCCCAGGGAGAAGAGUGGGGCCUUUGUGGGGAGGCAGCGGCAGAAGCGAUUUGUCCUCUUCGGGGGACGCUGGGACAAAACCGACCUCACCUACAAGAUCGUGCGUUUCCCGCGGCAGAUGAGCAAAGACAAGGUGCGCAGCAUCCUGCGGGAGGCCAGUCAGGUGUGGAGUGACGUCACCCCCCUAACCUUCACCGAAGUCAACCAUGGGAGAGCUGACAUCAUCAUCGACUUCACCAGGUACUGGCAUGGAGACAGCCUGCCAUUUGACGGCCCCGGGGGAAUCCUUGCACAUGCAUUCUUUCCCAGAACACACCGGGAGGGAGACAUUCACUUCGACUAUGACGAGACUUGGACAGUAGGCAAUGAUUUGGGUACAGACCUGCUCCAGGUAGCAGCCCAUGAGUUUGGCCAUGUCCUGGGCCUCCAGCACUCCCUGGUUCCCGGGGCAGUGAUGUCACCGUUCUACAGCUUCACCUACCCGCUGCAGCUGAGUGAGGAUGAUAAGCAGGGGAUCCAGUAUCUGUACGGCUCACGCCGCCCUGCAGCUCCACCAGUCAGCACGGAGAUGUUCAGCAAUGAGAUCCUCACUACUGCCCCGGAUGCCUGCCAGACAGAUUUUGACGCCGUGUCCAUGAUCCGAGGAGAGCUCUUCUUCUUCAAGUCACGCUACGUGUGGCGCAUCCGAGACGGGCGGCUGCAGAAGGGGUACCCAGCGCUGGCUUCACGCCACUGGCAGGGGAUUCCCGACCGCGUCGAUGCCGCCUUUGAAGACCAGUCUGGGAACAUCUGGUUCUUUCAAGGUGGCAGUUACUGGGUGUUUGACGCAGGUAGACAGAUCACAGGGCCGGUCCCUGUGCAGCACCUGGGUCUCCCCGUGUCGGACGUUCAGGCUGCCCUCAUGUGGGGGCAGGGUAAGGCUCAGAAGGUCUACAUCUUCAAGUCAGGCAGGUACUGGCGAUUCAGCCCCGAGGAGAACCGGAUCGACACCGUACACCCCCGAAGCAUGCAGGACUGGAGGGGCGUCCCCAGCAAUGUUGACGGCGCCUUCCAGGAUCUAUAUGGCUACGUCCACUUUCUCAGCGGGAAACAGUACUGGAAGUAUGACCCGAUGGACCAGACGGUUCUGGAAGGUUACCCUCGUGUUACUGGAAUGGACUUCUUUAGUUGCCCUGCGUCUAAUUAUCGGUAAACUCACCACUGCUGAAUGGUAACAUCAUGCCAAACCA